UGUAUAAAUUAUUAAAUGGACUGUCUGAAUAUCGUUUUUAGGUUGAGUGGCUGUAAUCUGUCAGAGAGAAGCUGUGAAGCUCUGUCCUCAGUUCUCAGUUCCCAGUCCUCUAGUCUGAGAGAGAUUGACCUGAGUAACAACGAGCUGCAGGAUUCAGGAGUGAGGCUGAUCUCUGAUGGACUGAGGAGUCCACACUGUACACUGGAGACUCUCAGUAUGUCAGGCUGUCUGAUCACAGAGGAAGGCUGUUCUUCACUGGUCUCAGCUCUGAGCUCCAACCCCUCCCAUCUGAGAGAGCUGGACCUGAGCUACAAUCAUCCAGGAGACUCAGGAGUGAAGCUAUUGUCAGCGGGACUGAAGAAUCCUCUCUGGAGACUGGACACUCUCAGGUACAAUCACUGAUGAACCAAAAAGGAGAUAUUUGUGUAGGAAGUUUUAAAGGAGAACAUCUCUAAAAGAUCUAAAAUGAUAACUCCCUUUUGUUAAUAAUUUAUGUAGUUUGGAAACAUCUCUGUAUGUUAAAGGCACUGUCCGUGGUUUUAAGAAACAACCUGUUUUUCCCUCUUUCCCGGGAUCAAGUCAGUUUCAACUCGACAGAAAGGUCCAGCUAGAGGCUAGCUAGAGGUUUACAAUGUCAGUUGCCGGUGCUGCGUGGCUCAUGUGAUCGAUAAGAUAUGUACACUGACGUGUGGUCCAAUUAUUGUACAAAGUUCCUCUUGUGCUGAGAGAGUACCGACUUUAAAUUCAAAAAGUCCCUCAAAACGCUCUUUCCUAGUUCGAAUAUUAUGUGUGUGAGAGUGAUGUAAUGUUGAUGUUUCUCUACAGAGAAUGGUCCACUGUUGCACCAAAUGCUUGCUCUUGGGGGAAUUGUUGGGUCUCUGUAAAUGAUAGUGUUGCAGUGUAAUCCUGUUCGCACUAUGCAUACCUUUUUUUUCUAUGAGACACUCAUCUAAUAACAAUGUGUAAAUAAUCACCUAGUCUGUUCUGCUCUCUGCUAUGUUCAGUUAUAUUUUCCUCCUUAUUUAUACGUUAUUUCACCCACAAGCCAUCCACUAUCAAUCAGAAUAUUCAUUGUUAUGACUCGAUCUGUAGAUCAGAGGUGGGCCGUCAGGGCCAGCAAGGCUUUCUCUGCUGGCCAAGAGAUGAUUAUAUUUUUAUAAUUAAAGGCCUAUAUAUUCAUCUCUAAAAUAAAUAAAUAUAUAUUUAUCAAUUUCAUUUCAUAUAUUGCAUACGCAAGUUUGUUUAAAUUUUUAGAUGUAAAGUUAAUGAAAGAAAGGUGGAUGUACUUUUUCUUCACAUAAUGAGCAGCUUUUGGUAAGUUUAAUGGCUUUUGAGUGAAAUUAUUUCAUAGCUAUUACUGCUUGCUUUAGGCGUUAAAGAUUUGAGCAGUGUCAGUGGCCGAUGUGCCUUUGUGUGUUAAGCCCCCGCUGCUUGCCUGGAGUUUGUGGGGAGGCCUGUUGAUCGCGGAUUGUGUUAUUUGUGUUUUUGUUGCUUGAUGGUCACCGUAUGAGUAAAUAUGACCAGGGACCUGUUGCAUAAAAGUAGAAUUAAGAAAUCCAGGAUAACUGAAAAGGCGUAGCUUAACUUACUGUGAUCCACUCAUCGCGGCUUAAUUG